CAAUGGCUGAUUCUGACAAUUCCGCAGCUUGUUUCAUCCAUCCUCAAAAAGCCACAGAUAAUUAUUUGCGUGCCGUCAAACUUCUGUCGAAGGUUUGUAUCGAAAUAGUUAGAAUCCUUUUCAGUCGCUACAUUCCACCCAAUUCUCUCAAAGACACUUUGCAACUUAAGCGGAGUAUACUGGAAAACAAAUUGUUGAAUGAAGAGAAAACAUUAAUUUACCCAAAUGCAAGGGUUAACCCAUUGCUGACAGCCAAAGACUUCGAUAUUUGUGUUAUGAUUAAAAUAUUAAAAGAAUUAAACUUUAUUGCACCGUGUUCACGUGGUUGGGAUAGAAAACCGCGAGAAGGCGAUACUAGUAUUGCAGCAUGUAUGCAGAUAAUAAAAAAUGGGAGGGAUGAAAUAUCACACACAAAAGACGGCGAACUUAAUGAUGAGAAAUUUGAAAAUAUUUGGAAAAAAUUGGAAUUCGCUGUUGUUGAAAUGGAGAAACGUUUGAUUGGUGGAACCUUUUUCAAAAAAGCUGUAGAAUAUGUGAAAACUUGCAAACUGGAUCAAUCAGAAGAGGACCAACAUGACAACAAAAGUGAGAAUAUACCACAUAAGAGAAUCAAUGCUUCAAAUGUUAUUGAUUCAGAUGGAACUGCAAUUGAAACCGGAGAGGCGUAUAUCAGUGACAUGGGACUUGAAAUAAGGUUUGCCAAACUGUUUAAAGAAAUUGCCAAUAGUAUCCCUCAGGAUAAAUUAGAAGAAAUGAAGGAUAUCAUUCAAAUUUCUUGCAAAGAUGUUAACACUGUGGAUUUAAAAAGAGCAGUUUCAGCAAACGAGUGCCUAAAAGCUGUCAAUGAAGCGAAUCAUUUUACUUCGACAAAUGUGAUUUAUAUGCAAUAUGUGUUGGACACAAUAGGUUGUGAAGUACUCUUUGAAAAAUGUGUUGAAUAUGCAAAGGGCCAAGACGCAUUGUGUUAUCACAAAGUACAAACAGAAAAUGGCCUGAUAGUUCACAUUCACGUGCCUGGAAACCUGUCAAAUUAUAAACAAAGUUACAUCGAAAAAAUUAAACAAACUGUUGCAGAGAUGGUGGAAUGCACUGUGGAGAAAAUACAACUCGUGGGAAUUCGCCCUUCAGAUAGCUUUCUAAUUGUUUUAUUUUUAAAGAAUGUAUCACUGAGGAAACUCUGGACUAUGAAACAACAAGACAAAGACAAACUUCUAAGAUUAAACAUCGAUUAUAUCGUUGCUGACUUAAAUUUUGUCUUCCUUGAGCGUUCAAAAGAUCUAGAAAGCCAAUGGAAAAUGUAUUUUGGCCCAAAAAUUCGAAGACAAUAUACAAAGGAUACUCACUGGAAAGAAGCAGAGAUGAUCACGCCUACUGUAGUGGAAAAACCCACAGAAUCACAAACACCAGAAGAAGAAAAAUUAAAGAAAACAUUAGAUUAUAACACUUCAGAUUCUUUAACACGUCACACAAAAAUGGCGAAAGGUGUUUUAGUAGAUUUUGACGAAAGUGACAAGGAAUUCGACGAACUGUUUGAAAUACUGACUUUAUCAGGAAAUUAAGAUAAACUAGAUACUAUGUGGAACACCGUUUUAAACCACGGAUACGGAUACGGUAAACUUGGAGGAAGUCUUGCAACAACAACAUACUUGGUCUGUAAAAUAGACAAUGUGCCUAAGGCUA